CGUCGCGCCCCCCUUGCCCUUCCCGUCCCGUCCUCUCUGCAUCCUCCAUCCUUUCCUUCCCCCGAAAACCAGGGCCACCCACCGCCUCCGCCUUCGCCUUCACCUUCACCUUCGCCUCUCAGGUGCGUUCCACCGUCACAUUGCUUCCAGCUUGGUUUAUUACCUGCCCAUAGCCAGGUACCGUGCCUUUCAACUUGGCUCUGCGUCUUGAGUCUUGACUUUCUCUCGAUCUCUCCUUCCGAUUGCACCAGCUCUGCCUUUUCUUGGUCUUGCUCGUCACGGUCUCCAAGUUCCAACUUCUUUCACCCAUUUCCUUCAUCUUGCCUUCCCUGUCCGGAACACACACCCAUCCCUCCCUCCCACACCCAUCCACACUCUCUCUCUCUCUCGCAGAGGCGUACGGAGUAGACGUGCUCAGAGUCAGUCUGUCUUACCUCAAAGUGCCCGGGCCUAUCUCGUCCCCCUCUCCUCCUUCACUCCCUCUUCCCCAAGAUCCCCAAUCCCGGCCUACAAACACUUUGCAGCUGGAUUUCUCCUCUCCAAUCCAAUCCCAUCCCUUCUCCUCUCUUUCUUCCCCCCUCCUACCCAUCUUUACCAUCGCUCCCUACAACGACAACCACCAAAAAAAGGCGAGAGACAUUACAUUGCAGGGAGCUGCAAAAGGCAUUUGGGCGUCAAUCAAGCGAAAUCCUCCGAUACCACCAAACAAUCCACUUUCUAUUGAGUCGCCCUGGAGCAUUCCACUACAAGGUCCAAGACGACCCACGCUUUCCGCUUGACACCUCCGAUUGUUAAGCUUCCCGUCUCCCGCUGGCCCCAUACUCCGUACACAUACAGCACGCACGCUAUUCACCACCGCUGCGGCACCGCCAAAUAGAACCUCCCGUCGUUCCAAGUCGACUUCCGAUCCAGGAAUCGACCACCUUCAACUUUUCCCACCCGACGCCGCCACUCCCCCAUGGGAGACAUCCCACCGCCUUGCCCAUACGCAUUCGCACGCAAUACCAAAUAUCGUCGCCCAACCGAGUCAUUGCCGUCAUCCGAGUCGCUCGAGCCCGUGAGACUUGCGCAUUGAUUUCCAACGUGCAAACGAUUUGCCAUCACCCCCUCGUACCGUCGUACAGUCCUCGCCUCGACAGACUCGGCGGAUAUUGCGUUGAAUUCACACUGACCAGGACUUUUUUCUUCUCUUCUUUCCCAUCUGAGCUGUCGCGCCGACCUGGUCAUUUAGAGUCCACUGGAUUUUCGAUUAUAAAUGAACCCUCGGUAACGACUCCGCGUACUACGAAACGGCCUCCGAGUCCACCUACGUUCGACGACCGCAUCAAGGGAACUUCUCUCGGCGAAGUCUCAUUCACCUACGAAUACUCUCUCAGUCGACGAUAAUUUCAAGUACGAUUGCUUCAUAACACAAAUCAUCAUGGCAGGCUACAACAAUAGACCACUGAGUUUCUCCGAGAGAAGGGGGAGCAUGCUCAGCGACGACAUGACGCUCAACACUGGAUCCAGUUCCAGCAGCACCAGACUCGAGAAGAUGCCUCAAAGGCCGGGACACAUUAGAGGACCGCCCACACCCAGCAUGACUACUCCUGCUGCAGACUUCGACCAGCAGUUGACGGGCUCGCCACCUCCCCCGCCCACACCAGCUGCCUCGCCAGGCCCCUCACAUCAUCAACUCGACUGGAGCGAUGCCGCCGAUGACGAAGAUUUCUUUCUUGCCAAAGUGCGCCAUCACUUCAAGAACUCUGGCGGUCCUCACCGUACUCGCCUCCUGGCCGAUCUUCUGAACAUGUGCACAAGUCAACAGCUGAGCUUCGUUCACCAGUUCGUCAGCCCUCUUCUCAAGAAGGAUCCAUUCACGAGCCUUCCAGAUGAGCUGUGUUUACGCAUUCUCUCCUUCAUAGAUGACCCCAAGGUCUUGGCUCGUGCCUCGCAAGUAUCCCGGAGAUGGAGAGACUUGUUGAGUGAUGACAUGACGUGGAAGAACCUUUGUGUUAAGCACGACUACGGCAGACGCCUCUCUGAAGUUGCUUCAUCGAUGGGCAGCGGAUCUCGACCUGGUGCUCAGCCUCUAUGGGGAGACGACUACGCCAGCAGCAGUUUCCCGGGUGCGUUGCCUAUGACGGCUCACGCUUCUGGAUCCCGUAGUCUUGAUGGAACCGGCAAUUCAAGACCCAAGAUGAGGUCUUAUAAAUCGCACUUCAAGCAGCGAUAUCUCGUCGAGGCCGCCUGGAGAUCCGGUGGCACUUCCACCACCAGGAACAUCACUCAGGAAGGUGGUGUUGUUACGAGCUUGCACUUGACACCCAAGUACAUUAUCGUGGCCCUUGAUAAUGCCAAGAUCCACGUUUUUGAUACCAAGGGCAACCAGCAACGCACGUUACAGGGCCAUGUCAUGGGUGUUUGGGCGAUGGUUCCUUGGGAUGACAUUCUCGUCAGUGGUGGCUGUGAUCGUGACGUGCGAGUAUGGAACUUAGCUACAGGUGCUUGCCUCCACACGCUCCGUGGACAUACAUCAACGGUUCGAUGUCUGAAGAUGUCUGAUGCAAACACGGCGAUUUCGGGCUCGCGCGAUACGACGCUUCGAGUAUGGGAUAUUCGCACCGGUUUAUGCAGAAACGUUCUUGUCGGCCACGGCGCUAGUGUUCGAUGCCUCGAGAUCAAGGGAGACAUCGUCGUAUCAGGCAGCUACGACACCAUGGCGAAGGUCUGGAGCAUAUCCGAGGGCAGGUGCAUCCAGACGCUCCAAGGUCACUUCAGUCAGAUCUACGCCAUUGCUUUUGACGGCAAGAGAGUUGUCACUGGCAGUCUCGACACCAAUGUCCGCAUCUGGGAUCCAAGGACAGCUGAAUGCCUGGCUAUCCUGCAAGGUCACACCUCCCUCGUGGGUCAGUUGCAGAUGCGUGGAGACACCCUCGUUACAGGCGGCUCAGAUGGCUCAGUGCGAGUUUGGUCACUGGAGAAGAUGUGCCCCAUUCAUCGGCUUGCGGCUCACGAUAACAGCGUGACCAGCCUGCAGUUUGAUGAUACGAGGGUCGUCAGUGGUGGAAGUGACGGCCGGGUCAAGAUCUGGGAUCUGAAAACAGGUCACCUGGUCAGAGAGCUCAUUGCUCAAGGAGAGGCAGUCUGGAGGGUGGCUUUUGAGGAUGAGAAGUGUGUUGCUCUAGCUUUGCGACAAAACCGUACCGUCAUGGAGGUGUGGUCCUUCUCUCCUCCGGAAGAUGUUCUUUACGACCGUCCACUCUCUCUUCAACAGCGAGUCCUUCAGGAAGCGCCCAACCGACCCUUGAGCGCCAUGCAACUCGACUAUAGACAAACCCAGCCCACCGUCGCUGGGUCCAGUCGAGAAGCUGCUGGAAGUCAAGAUGUAGACAUGAGAGACGCUGGUCCUUCCACAGCCCCACUUCAAGGCGGUAACAAGACUUUCUUCCAUGACGACUAGAUGUAGUUGGCCGUACAUGGAAGCCUCCUGCUUGGCUAGCUAAUGGCUUUGAACGGCGAUACGGAUUCGGUCGCAGGUGCACUGAACAACUGCGUUACCAUGGCAUCAACGAGGCGUUGCGGUUUAUUUGGUGAUUGACGAAUUCACACACGUCAUGAAACGGCCAUUUUCCAGAAGCUCCCCAGCCUAGAUUGGGGUAGCUUGAGAGAUAAAGGUGUCGUUCUUUUGGAGUUGGUCAGGAAGCAUCAUGUGCAUUUCAAAGGGUGGCCAGCAUGGGUUUGACAGCAUUGGGGAUUCAACUUCAGUGGUUUAAUUGGCGACAAUCGGAGAACUCAGAUUUCAGGAUGCGAGCUCAAGUAAAUUUGAGCAUGCGGUUAGCCAAGCCAGACCUUUAAUAUACCCCGAGGUAGCGUAUCAUAGAGUUAUAUACCGCCUCAGAACAGGUGUGAUGGA